AAGGACGAUCUCCAAGAGAGGUAGUAGUAACAGCUCAUUCGUGAGCUCUAGUAAAGAUGGAUUUUCUGUCAACGGAAGCUCACUUAGAUUCGUUGGGACCAACUUGUACUGGUUGCCGACAUUGGAAUCGAACGAUGACAUCUGGAAUGUACUGCAGAACGUUUCUGAUACCGGUAUCAAGGUCAUCAGGAUUUGGGCAUUUAACGACGUGGAAACCAUGCCAGAGAGUGGAACGUGGUUUCAGUUGGUACAGAACGGCACUACUACAAUCAACGACGGGCCAACUGGACUGCAGAAACUUGAUACAGUGGUUAUUAUGUCACUGACGAAUAACUGGAAUCCAGUACCUGACGCAAGCACGACUUCAGACCUUGAGCAAAUCAAUGUUUUUACAGGUGGUAUGGAUCUAUAUGUUUGCCAGUUCGGACUUCAGGACCACGACGAUUUCUACACGGACGGCAAUAUCUUGACCGCCUUCCAGAAUUACACCAAGCAGAUCGUAUUACGCUAUCUCAACAGCCCUGCCGUGUUCAGUUGGGAGCUUGCAAAUGACGCUAUAUGCAACUCGACCCUGACCACUAGUCCAACGUGUACCACACAAACCGUCACAAAGUGGCACGCUCUGAUGGCUGAAUUCAUCGCGUCCAUUGAUGCCAACCACAUCGUCUCUGUUGGAACAUCUGGAUUCCAAUGCACAGAUUGUCCGAAGUUGUACCCCAUUGCACCAACAGCUUCGCCUACACUUACACCCUCUCCCUGCACCUGGCAAGAAGCGCAGCAGAGUCACCCCUUUGACAAAGAGCAGAUCAUAAGGCAGCGUGCUGAGUCGAGACGCCAAAACAGGGCAGCCGCUAAGCGUGCAGGAACCUUAAAAGAAGACGGGUCAAUGAUAAGGGGUCGCUGGGUAUCUACAGAUGUCUCCAACUCGAUCGGCCCUACAACGGAUGGUUCAUAUGGUGUCGACAGCCAGGACAUCCUUAACAUCCCCAACAUUGGCUUCGGUUCUUUCCAAGUAUUUCCCGACCAGAACUCUCUUGUGUGGAUCCAGCAAUCGGCUCAGUCUGCUGCCGUCGUUGGGAAGCCUCUUGUCCUCAACGGAUUCGGUCUAGUCAGCCAAUCCAAUUUGAACGACUACGUCCCGUUCAACAUGACUUGUGCUCCUUACGCAUCUAGUAAAGCUGUCAUGAAUGUCACCACAGCGAUCAUGGACGCCACCACGGCGACAGAUUUUGCCAGUGACACGCAACAACAACAGGGUUACAGCUCGUUUAUGCAGAUGGGCAACAGCGCUGGACUAGCAGGCUAUGGCUCGACGGGCAUUACCUCGUCAGGCACUGCCACUGAGUUAGACAAAACCAACUCCUCAACACCAGCAACGGGAAAUUCGCCUAAUGAUGGUUACUCCAUUGCUAAUAACACAGCCAUUAUACAAAUCCUGACGCAGGGCGCGCAAGCGAUGGCUGAAGAUCCAUGAAAGGACUAUUGAUUCUUGCUUGCAUGCGUGAAGGACUUCUGUUUUUCCUUUUGUGUAUCGUUUCCUUUGCUUCAGAGACACUGUCUGUUAUUUUUUUAUAUCGAGAGUCAUACGUAGUACAGCACUGUGGACAGUAGUUUUGGUGAAAUUCACGAGGCGA